UCAACCCCGUCUUGGCCACAAUAUCACAUCGAUCACCACCACCUCGAGAGAGAGACUCAAAAGGGAAAGAAAAGUAUCGCCCGUCAAGAGUUUCGUCCAGCAUGGCUGCCCCCGCCCAGCCUCAGCUCGUCUUCGUCGACGGCUCCUUCGCGGAGCUGGCGCAGGAGAUGGCCGACUACCUCAACAUCAGCGACGAGGUCAAGCCCCUGCUCGAGAAGGACCAGAAGGACGACGUUCUUAAGAAGAUCAUUGUCGCCUCCGCCGCGCUCAACAGCAUGCCCGAGAAGGAGUUUACCGCCUCGUACAACCUGCUCGUCUACCUCGUCCUGCAGUCCGACAAGCCCGAGGCCCUCCUGCCCCGGGUCUGCGACAACCUGCUCAAGCCCGUCACCUCGUCUCCGACCAACGGGCCCGGCCUCGCCCUCAGCGCCCUCACAAACAUCUUCAACAUGCUCAAGCCCGAGAACCCCAUUCGGUACAGUGUAUUCACCACCAUCCUGCGCUUCCUCAAGCACAACGGCAUGUUCGACGUCGUCAAGCGGUACCUGCCCCACCUCGACACGUGGUUCAAGCAGUGGAACACUUCCGAGGAGGACCAGCGCAAGCUCUACGAGCAGAUUGCCGACACAGCGGCCGAGAGUGGCGAUCAGGAGGCCGCGUUUGAGUACACGAUAAAGGCGCUCAACACCUUUGACGAGAACAGCGCCAAGUCCGAGGCUGCGCAGCAGCUCUCGCUCCGUGCCGUCAAGGCCUCCAUCACGUCCCCCACACAAUUCGACUUCCAGGGCCUGCGGGCCAUCCCCGCCGUCCAGGCCCUCUCCGAGUCACAUCCCGUCUACUCGGAACUGCUCGACAUCUUUGCCGAGAAGGACCUCGAGGACUACACAGACUUCUGCGAGGAGCACGAGGGCUUCAUAGAGAAGGAGCAUCUCGACGACGAGAAGCUGACCCGCAAGAUGCGCCUUCUCACCUUUGCCAGCCUCGCCGCGAGCAUCUCGAGCCGGGAGAUCCCCUACCAGGCCAUUGCCAAGGCCCUCAACAUCCCCCAGGAGCAGGUCGAGAUCUGGACCAUCGACGUCAUCCGCGCCGGCCUCGUCGAGGGCCGGUUAUCCCAACAGAAGCAGCUCUUCCUCGUCCACAAGACGACGUACCGCGUCUUUGGAGAGAAGCAGUGGCGUGAGCUUAGCGACCGCCUGGACCUGUGGAAGGGCGUCUUCACGACCGUCAUUGGCACCCUGCGCCGCGAACAGGCCAACGCCGAGGCGCAGCGCAAGCGCGAGCAGGAGGACAUUGAGCGCAAGCUGGCGGGUAUCGGCAUGGGUGGCGUCCCGACCGGCGAGCGGGGCAACCGUCGCGGCGAGCGGCCGCCGCGGAAGGAGAGGACAGACGACGACGACUAGAGGUCGAGGUACAGGAAAAGCAAAUUCUAAAUGGGACAAAAAAAAAAUAAAGAAAAUAUCCCCAUUUCUACCACUUUCACGGCGCCAGCUCUAUCUCGCAUUUCGUGUCUGCUGCCAAACCGUCAUAUAGUCGAGCAUUGUGAACUGGACACAAGAUGCUCUUUCGAGCACUACAGCAGAGACGGGCAAAUGCAACAUGAAACUUUGCACUUGUUUUUUUUUCUUGAGUCGUACAGA